AUGGCAGGCGGUGAUAAAUCUGUCGAGAAAGAGGAUGCUGGUGUAGAUACGGUGAUGAUUGCUCGUGACUAUCAGGUAAUGAGAAUAGAGUAUUUGCAAAUGUUGUCGGAUGCUGAAUUAGCUUUGUGUGACGAGAGACCUGUUGACUUGCUCCUGAACGUUAACAUUCUCGCUUCUUCGUUGCGCCCUGGUUUAAUCCAUGGGGCCCCUGGCCAGGCGACUGCCCUCAACACCAUUUUCGGGUGGAUUCUGAUGGGUGACGCUGGCGACUGUGCUACGGACAUCUGUCGUUCUCGGUUCCGUGGUAACAGUUGCCAACUGGUCGUGGGCAAGUUAUCGAUUGACGACUCUAUUAAGAGGUUCUGGGAGUUGGAAGAUGUCAGCUCUCCGAACACCGUCAUCUUGUCGAAGGAGGAUCAGCUGUGCGAGGAAUAUUUUCUCGCUAACUUUCGUCGCACAGAAGAAGGUAGAUUUGUCGUUCCUCUACCUUUCGCUGACCAUUCCAAUAAACCCACCUUCUCGGGCUCUCGAGCCAUCGCUCUUAAGAGAUUUUCGUCGCUGGAGCGGAAGUUAUUGAGUAACUCCGACUUCUACAAAAACUAUGUAGCCUUUAUGAAGGACUACGAAAGCUGUCGCCACCUCGAGGAGUGUGACCCUCCGAGGGUGGAUGUGGGGAAGUUCUUCUACAUUCCCCACCACGGAGUAUUGAGGCCUUCGUCAACCAGUACUCCUCUCCGGGUCGUGUUUGACGCCAGUGCCAAGGACAACCGAGGCAUCUCGCUAAAUGACGCGCUACUACCAGGGCAGAAGCUGCAAAACAACAUCUUCCACUUACUCCUUCGUUUUCGGUGGCAUAAUGUUGUUUUCACGGCCGACGUCAAGCAAAUGUAUAGGCAAAUUUUAGUGUCCCCGGAAGAUGCUGAAUAUCAGCGUAUCCUAUGGCGUCCGUCUGUCAAUGAGCCUGUCCGGGACUAUCGGCUGCUGACCGUUACUUACGGAGUUUCGUCCGCUCCUUACCAAGCUCUCCGCACCAUUGCUCAAUUGGCGAGGGAAUCGGGGGAAGAAUACCCUUCUGGUUCAGCAGUUUUAGACCGCGACAUCUAUGUCGACGAUGUGGUGUCUGGAGCUCAUUCUGUCGAAGAAGCACGGAAGCUUCGUUCGGAGUUGUCGACGAUAUUAGCUUCUGGUGGCUUCCAUUUGCGGAAGUGGACGUCGAACCACCAGGAGUUCUUCGACGGUGUCCCCUCCUCAGACUUGUAUUCUGAAGACUUUCGGGAGUUCAACUCCAUUGGGGACAUCUCUCUAAAAAUUCUUGGCCUCUCGUGGUUACCUCAGGCGGACGACUUCACCUUUCGAGUGGCUGUCGAAGAUCGUCGGUGCACUAAACGUACCAUCCUCUCGGAAAUUGCUCGAAUUUUUGACCCUCUGGGCCUGCUCUCACCUGUGACGUUCUUCGCGAAGUACCUCAUGCAGUUGCUCUGGGUCUCAGGUGUCUCAUGGGAUGACGACGCGCCAGAGAACAUUGUAUCCGAAUGGCGUGAGUUCAAAGCGCAGCUGCCCUCGUUGAAGUCCGUCUCUGUUCCGCGUCGUAUGGUCAAAGAUUUCGUUUCGCUCGAAGUCCACGGGUUCUGCGAUGCCUCAGAGCGAGGGUUUUGCGCGGUGGUUUACGUUCGAACGUCAGGCGAGGACGGAACGCAGUAUGUCCAGUUGGUCUGUGGUAAAUCGAGGGUGGCACCCCUGCGUAAGUUGUCUAUACCACGUCUGGAGUUGCUGGCCGCGGUACUGCUUGCCGACCUGGUGGAGUCGGUCGCAACAGCUCUGGAGCCUCUCCACAAAAUCGAUAAGGUACAGGCGUGGUCCGAUUCUAGCGUUGCGCUUACUUGGAUAAAGUCUUGCCCUUCCAAGUGGAAAACUUUCGUGGCUAACCGCGUGAGCCACAUCCAGGAGAUUAUUCCUCCCGAUUGUUGGCGACACGUGAGGACUGGCGACAACCCAGCCGACUGCGGGUCGCGGGGGCUCUUGCCGGAUGACCUGGUCCACCAUAGUAACUGGUGGAAGGGUCCAUCUUGGCUCGUGCUGGACAAACCUGACUGGCCUAAGUCAACGUUGUCAGUCGACGUGGAUGUCCUACACGGAGAGCGCAAGGUGACUGUCCUCACUGUCUCAGUACAGGAAACGUGGACAGACAACCUAAUGAACAAGUUCUCGGCACUGAGGACACUCCAACGUGUCCUCGCAUAUUGUUUUCGUUUCGCGCACAACGUAAGAAACCAAAAGACGUCCAACAACCUGUUGGACGGUCCUUUAACACCCCUGGAGAUUAAACAGGCGCUUAUGUUCCUCGUGCGUUCUGUUCAACAACACCACUUUGCCUCGGAGAUCGAGAAAGUUAAAAACAAUCUGUCGAACUCUCUCCCGAAGGCAUUUAAGAAGUUGUCUCUAUUCCUCGAUGACGCGGGUCUCUUGAGGGUGGGCGGACGCCUGUCGCGAGCUUCUCUCGAAUUCGAUGUUAAACAUCCCCUGUUGUUACCCCGCGACGAUCGUCUUACCUCCCUCUUGAUCGACGAGUACCAUAAGCGUUUCAUGCACCCAGGCGUGCAAACGCUUCAUAAUUUGCUAGCGCAGCAUUUCUGGAUACUGUCCCCAAAACGAGCUAUCCACUCAGUCACGUCGAAAUGCAUGAAAUGCUUCCGUGUUCGACCACUCGGUGCUCCUGCGCCGUUCAUGGGCGACUUGCCGUCUUAUCGGGUAGCCCAGCUCAAAGCGUUCCUGAGUGCUGCUGUCGACUUCGGAGGACCUUUUGACAUAGCUCUGGGUCGCGGGCGAGGCAACAAGACCUACAAGGCUUACAUUUGCGUCUUCGUGUGCACUUCGACUAAGGCUGUACACACGGAGCUCGUCACUGAGCUGUCCUCAGACGCAUUUCUCGCCGCGCUUCGCCGCUUCGUCGCGCGUCGUGGUCGGUGUAAUCGGUUGGUUUCCGACCAGGGCAAGAAUUUUGUCGGCGCGAGCAAUGUUCUGCAACGUCUCGUAGGAAAUGCUGCUACGAAUAGCGAGAUUAAAUUCGAAUUUAAUCCGCCAGGCAGCCCUCACUUCUCAGGUCUGGCUGAGGCCGGAAUCAAGGCUGUCAAAACACAUUUGGCUCGAGUCAUCGGUAGCCAGAGGUUGACGUACGAGGAGUUUCUGACAGUCUUGACUCAGGUUGAAGCUCUCCUUAAUUCAAGACCUCUUACUCCUCUCAGUACCGAUCCUAAUGACUUAUCGGCCCUCACUCCGGGCCAUUUUCUCACAACGGAGCCCUUAUCUGUCGUGCCCGAGGAAGAUCUCUCGGAUGUUCGGGUAGGGCCACUUCAACGGUGGAAGUUGCUGCAGAAAAUGCACCAAGACUUUUGGAACAAGUGGUCAAAAGAAUACAUGCAUACUCUGCAGCAGCGAAUGAAGUGGCACGACCGGCAAACCGACGUCCAAAUCGGUGCUCUCGUGCUCGUGGUUAACGAGCAGACAGGCCCCAUGAAGUGGCCUCUGGGUCGCAUCGUCGACACUCAUCCCGGGUCCGACGGGAUUUGUCGUGUGGUGACCGUGCGCACGGCUACGGGAUUGUACAAACGGCCCGUGGUCAAGCUGUGCCCUUUACCCGUCUAA